AAGCUUUAUAGAGAAGGAGAAUAACUCACACGGGUUGAUGAGCAUAUAUCUUAUUCUUAUGGUGUAGCUCAAGUCCUAAGGUCAAUCCAUGUAGACUUUUAUUACGGUUCGUCAAGAAUGUUGAUUAUUUGACUACUUAUAGGGAAGAAAUAAAUUAUUGAUUAAUUAUAGAAUCAAAUUAAAAGAUGUUUUCAAACAAUAGACUUUGAAUAUUUGUAGAGGUAUGUAUACUUGUAACUACUAACUAACAGAGUGUAAAUAAUUAAGAGGAGAGUGACAUGGAUUAUUGAUUUAUUUUAUACUUUUAAUGGGUCAACUUAUAAUGACUCAAAGAUAUAAAUGGGUGAAUUGACAGCUUCACAGCUAUAGCUAGCUAAUUCAUGGGGAUGAACGGCAAUCACCCACAGUCUUGGUUGUCUGAUCUUCAUUUUAGGAUACUGUACUGUAGAAAUUUCUCUACCACUCACUCUUUCAGUAGCCAUGGAAGCUCUUUUGCUCAUUUUCCUUUUGGCUUUCUUGCUUUCAAUACCAAAUAUUUGCUUGGGAAAGGAUUUAAUUACUAAAACCCAUUUCCUUAGAGAUGGGGACACCAUUGUUUCCGAGGGUGGAAGCUUUGUAAUGGGAUUCUUUAGCCCCACCAAUUCCUCAAACCGUUACAUAGGUAUAUGGUACGGACAAUAUCCAGUUCAAACAGUGGUUUGGGUUGCAAACAGAGAUGCUCCACUUGCUGACACAUCUUUGGCUGUCUUAAAGAUCACCAUGGGAGGCCAACUUGCACUUCUUGGAGACGAGGGUCAGGCUGUUUGGUCUGCCAACACAUCAAGAUCGGUGCCAAAUCCUGUUGCAGAGUUGUUGGAUACUGGGAACCUUGUGGUUAGAGAUGCAGAUGAUGAAAAGCUGCAGAAUUUUGUCUGGCAAAGUUUUGAUCAUCCAACUGAUCAUUGGUUAUCUGGAAUGAAGGUUGGGUGGAAUUUACAGACUGGUCAGGAGAUUUUUAUUACAUCUUGGAAGAGUGAAAAUGACCCAGCUUCAGGCCAAUAUACACUGCACCUGGAUCCUACUGGGUAUCCACAACUUAUUCUCAGGAAUAGAACAACUGAGAUUUUUAGCACAGGUCCAUGGAAUGGUUUGCGGUUUAGUAUUGCAGCACCAAUAGAACAGAGCAGCAACACCAUCUAUGGCCCUUAUGAACUGGUAAGAAAUAAAAACGAGGUUUAUUUUUGGUCUAAAGGCAGUAAUUAUUCUAGUUUAUUUAGAUUUCUUGUUACAAGCAAUGGUAUUGUAAAAUUAUUGGUAUGGGAAGAUGACAUCAAACAAUGGGUGAGUUUUCUUAGCGAACCGGCAGAUAUUUGUGGCAGAUAUGGUUUAUGUGGUAGAAAUGGUGUCUGCAACAUAAAUGAUUACCAUAGUUGUGGAUGUCUGCCCAAAUUUUUGCCUAAUAAUAAUGCCACAGAGAGUUUGUCGCUAGGAUGUCAUAGGAGAAAAUCCCUGAAUUGCCACAAUAAUGGAUCCUCAUCAGAUGGAUUCCUCAAAUAUUCUGGUAUAAAAUUGCCGGAUACAAAGCACUCUUGGUAUAACGAAUCUAUGAGCCUUCAAGAGUGUGAACGAGUUUGCUUGAGAAAUUGCUCUUGUAUGGCUUAUUCCAAUCUCAAUAUAAGGAAUGGAGGAAGUGGGUGUUUGAUUUGGUAUGAUGAUUUAGUUGAUAUCAGAACAUUACCGUAUGGACAAGACAUAUACAUCAGACUGGCUGCUACCGAAAUACCAGGAUUAACACUAGAACCACAUCAUUCAAGCUCGUUGGGGAGGAGAAUAAAAAUCCCUAUGAUUUGUUUGUCAACGAUGGUUGUAAUAGUUCUUGUUGGGGUGUCUCUUUACUUGUAUUUUUGCAAAUCAAAAAGCAAAGAGCAAAAGUUGGAGCAAGAAUUAGACCUACCACUUUUUGAUUCGUCAACAAUAUCAAGAGCUACAAAUAACUUCUCAGAAAUGAACAAGUUAGGCCAAGGUGGAUUUGGAGCUGUAUACAAGGGUACAUUAGAUGGGGGAGAUGAAAUAGCUGUAAAGAGACUAUUAAAGAAUUCCACUCAAGGUCUUGAGGAAUUCAUGAAUGAAGUCAUUUGUAUUGCUAAAUUACAACAUCGAAAUCUUGUCAAGCUUUUGGGGUGUUGCAUUAGCGGCGAAGAAAAGAUGCUGAUCUAUGAAUACAUGCCUAACAAAAGUUUGGACUUCUUCAUAUUUGAUGAAACAAAGAAAAGGUUGCUUGAUUGGCCAAAACGCUUCAACAUAAUUAAUGGAGUUGCGCGAGGAUUAUUAUAUCUCCAUCAAGAUUCUCGACUAAGAAUAAUCCAUAGAGAUCUCAAAGCUAGUAAUGUUUUGCUUGAUGCUGAUUUGAACCCAAAGAUAUCAGACUUUGGCUUGGCUAGGAGUAUACUAGGAAAUGCAAUUGGAGAUAACACAAAACGAGUUGUUGGAACACGUGGGUAUAUGUCUCCAGAAUAUGCCGGACAUGGAAUCUUUUCUGUUAAAUCGGAUGUAUUUAGCUUUGGCAUUUCCGUACUUGAGAUAGUUAGUGGUAGGAGAAAUAGUGAGUUUAUUAAUGAAGAUCAAUACGUGGCUCUUCCCGAACGUGCAUGGAAGCUUUAUAGAGAAGGAAAAUCAAUUAUGCUGGUUGAUGAGCAUAUAGGACGGUCAUAUGACGUAGUUCAAGUUCUAAGGUCAAUCCAUGUCGGCCUUCUAUGUGUGCAACAUUCUCCAGAUGAUAGACCAGACAUGUCUUCUGUAGUUCAGAUGUUGGUUAAUGAUUUUGUAUUGCCUCAACCUAAAGAGCCUGGCUUCUUUUUUAGCAAUGAAUAUUCUUCAGGCACACAUGCAAAAGCUUCCCAAAAUGAAGUAACAAUUACGUCAUUGAAUCCUCUAGCCAUGGAAGCCCUUUCGCUCAUUUUGCUUUUGGCUUUCUUGCUUUCAAUACCAAAUAUUUGCUUGGGAAGGGAUUUAAUUACUAAAACCCAAUUCCUUAGAGAUGGGGACACCAUCGUUUCAGAGGGUGGAACCUUUGUAAUGGGAUUCUUUAGCCCCACCAAUUCCUUAAACCAUUACAUAGGUAUAUGGCACAGAAAAGAUCCAGUUAAGACAGUGGUUUGGGUUGCAAACAGAGAUGCUCCACUGGCUAACACAUCUUCAGCAGUCUUGAAGAUCACCAAGCUAGGAGGCCAACUUGCACUUGUCAGAGACAACGAUGAGGCUGUUUGGUCUGUUAACACAUCAAGAUCGGCGCCAAAUCCUGUUGCAGAGUUGUUGGAUACUGGGAACCUUGUGGUUAGAGAUGCAGAUGAUGAAAAGCUCCAGAAUUUUGUCUGGCAAAGUUUUGAUCAUCCAACUGAUCAUUGGUUAUCUGGAAUGAAGCUUGGGUGGAAUUUACAGACUGGUCAUGAGGUUUUUUUAACAGCUUGGAAGGGUGAAAAUGACCCAGCUUCAGGCCAAUAUACAUUGCACCUGGAUCCUACUGGAUAUCCACAACUUAGUCUCAGGAAUAGAACAACUCAGAUUUUUAGCUCAGGUCCAUGGAAUGGUUUGCGCUUUAGUGUAGCACCAGUAGAACAGAGCAACACCAACGUUGGCCCUUAUGGACUGGUAAGAAAUAAAAACGAGGUUUAUGUUUUCUAUAAUUCCAGUAAUUAUUCGAGUUUAUUUAGAUUUCUUGUUACAAGCAAUGGCAUUGUAAAAUCAUGGGUAUGGGAAGAUGAGAUCAACCAAUGGGUGAGUUUUCUUAGUGAAACGGCAGAUAUUUGUAGUACAUAUGGUUUAUGUGGUGGAAAUGGUGUCUGCAAAAUACAUGAUUAUCAUACUUGUGGAUGUCUAGCCAAAUUUUUGCCUAAUAAUAAUGCUAGAGAGAGCUUGUCACUAGGAUGCCAUAGGAGAAAACCCCUGAAUUGCCACAAUAAUGGAUCCUCAUCAGAUGGAUUCCUCAAAUAUUCUGGUAUCAAAUUGCCAGAUACAAAGCACUCUUGGUAUAAUGAAUCUAUGAGCCUUCAAGAGUGUGAACGAAUUUGCAUGAGGAAUUGCUCUUGUAUGGCUUAUUCCACUCUCAAUAUAAGCAACGGAGGAAGUGGGUGUUUGAUUUGGUAUGAUGAUUUAGUUGAUAUUAGAACAAUACCGGAUGGGCAAGACAUAUACAUCAGACUGGCUGCUACUGAAAUACCAGGGUUAACACCAAAACCACAUCAUUCAAGCUUAUUGGGGAGGAAAAUAAAAAUCCUUGUGCUUUGUUUGUCGAUGUUGGUUGUAAUAAUUCUUGCUGGGGCAUCUCUUUACUUGUAUUUUCGCAAACCAAAAAGGAGAGAGCAAAAGUUGAAGCAAAAAUUAGAGUUACCAGUUUUCGAUUGGUCAACAAUAACAAGAGCUACAAAUAACUUCUCAGAGAUGAACAAGUUAGGCCAAGGUGGAUUUGGAGCUGUAUACAAGGGUGCAUUGGAUGGGGGAGAAGAAAUAGCUGUGAAGAGGUUAUCAAAGAAUUCCGCGCAAGGUCUUGAGGAAUUCAUGAAUGAAGUCAUUUGUAUUGCCAAAUUACAGCAUCGAAAUCUUGUCAAGCUUUUAGGGUGUUGCAUUAGCGGGGAAGAAAAGAUGUUGAUCUAUGAAUACAUGCCUAACAAAAGUUUGGACUUCUUCAUAUUUGAUCAAACAAAGAAAAGGUUGCUUGAUUGGUCAAAACGCUUCAACAUAAUAAAUGGAGUUGCACGAGGAUUAUUAUAUCUCCAUCAAGAUUCUCGACUAAGAAUAAUUCAUAGAGAUCUCAAAGCUAGUAAUGUUUUGCUUGAUGCUGAUUUGAACCCAAAGAUAUCAGACUUUGGCCUGGCUAGGAGUAUACUAGGAAAUGCUACUGGAGAUAACACAAAACGAGUUGCUGGAACACGUGGGUAUAUGUCUCCAGAAUAUGCCGGUCAUGGAAUCUUUUCUGUUAAAUCAGAUGUAUUUAGCUUUGGCAUUUUAGUACUUGAGAUAGUUAGUGGUAAGAAAAAUACUGAGUUUAUCAAUGAAGACCAAUGCGUGGCUCUUCCAGAACAUGCAUGGAAACUUUAUAGAGAAGGAAAAUCAAUUGUGCUGGUUGAUGAGCAUCUAGUUGGUUCAGAUGAUGUAGUUCAAGUUCUAAGGUCAAUCCAUGUCGGCCUUCUAUGUGUACAACAAUCUCCAAAGGAUAGACCAGACAUGUCCUCUGUAGUUCAAAUGUUGGUUAAUGAUUUUGCAUUGCCUCAAGCUAAAGAGCCUGGCUUCUUCUUAGGCAAAGAAUAUUCUUCAGGCACACAUGCAAAAGGUUCCCAAAAUGAAGUUACAAUUUCAACAUUGAAUCCUCGUUAAAUGUAUAAUUUAGAUUUAUUUAAGUUUAGUAUUGUAA